AGUGCUGUCCUCCCCUCUCUCUGCCUCUGUCACUGCCAACUACUGGGGGUCCUGCUGCCAGCAUGCAUUGCAACAGGGCUCUGGCCGUCACUAUCUGCGCCGAGAACUGCAUCCCAGCCGGUCUGCGACUUGGUCCCAUUAUUGGCAUCUUCAAACUGGGGAAAUACUUGUCGGAUCGCAGGGAGCCUGGACCCAAGAAAAAGGUGCGUUUUGUGAGAGGGGAGCUGCUGGAUGAGUCUGGGGGUCCUGCCACAGAAUGGAUGGGCUUAGUUCGAGCAGCCAGAAAUAAUCAUGAACAGAAUCUAGAAGCUAUAUCCGAUUUACCAGGAGGCCAGAUAUAUUACAGGACUCUCAGGGACGUGCAGCCAGGGGAAGAACUCACUGUAUGGUACUCCAGUUCUCUAGCGCACUGGUUUGACAUCUCUACUACAGCCACUCCGACACAUGAUGAAAAAGGAGAGGAGCGCUACAUCUGUUGGUAUUGCUGGAGAACAUUUAAAUUCCCCAACACCCUAAAAGCCCACGUUCAUUUUCACUGCACCCUAAACAGCAGCAGGGGGUUCCAGCAUAACGACCAGCUCAGAAGCUCUGAAUCCUUUUCUGCCUCCCCCAAAAUCUCGGAAGGAGUGUCCAAUCCGGCUCCCCCUCUCAGGACCAACCCCCAUCUGGCCAACGGGUUAAACAGGGACGCUGUUAAAAGGGAGGCGUCUUUAUCUCCUGUACUCAACAAGCUCGGGGUGAUCAAGAAAGCUUUGGGCAAAGGACAACAGGACAGAGCCUUGGAUAUGAGUGUGGGAUCUACAAGAAACCACAGCCAGUUUAUUGCCUGUGGAGGGAAUGGCAUGACAUUUUAUCCAGGAAUCAGGUCUGCUUUUAAACCAGCUGGACUAUCCAAAUUACCCAAUACUGAUUCAGUCAGAGAGGACUCAAAGGCCACCAGUAUGGGAUUCAGCAAACUUUUGGGGGGCAUCAAGCCUAGCCGCACAGGGAAUGAAGUUCUGAUCAGCAGCCACCAACCCAAAUGUGUGUCAAGUGGAGGCUCCUCUAGCAUCUUGUCCUGUGCCACUGGGCUAAGGAGUUUCCCAGUCCUAUCCCAUUUGGAGGAAACAUCAGCCUUCAAACACGUAGAAAGAGGGGUGCAUGCCAGCCGCUACAAUCAUAUGCCUUCAGCAGGACUUCACUUUGAGAGGUUCUCCAUUCCUCCAUUUGAAGGCAUUAAGUCAUACUCAUCAGAAUGUAAUAUCCCAGUCAUGCCGUUCACUGUGUACAAUGGAGAACUUCUUUACAGCACUCCAUACUAUCCUUUUAAAUUUCAUUUCAGCAACCUUAUUAAGUACCCUGAGUCAGUAUCUUAUUUAAAUGCUGGGCCAGCUAUCAACCCAGGGCUGGGCUCCAUUGCCUCCAGCAUAGACCGUGAGCUUGCCAUGCACAGCCAUCAGCUUUCUGAGAUAGCAAGCGAGAAGGGCAGAGUGGGCAGGAUAGAGGGUCUUGCAGGAGGGGCAGCACCUGGUAAUGGCAAACCCAAGAAAGGGCACCUUUGCCUUUACUGUGGCAAGUUAUACUCUAGGAAAUAUGGCUUGAAAAUUCACAUGAGGACUCAUACUGGCUACAAGCCUCUUAAAUGUAAAGUCUGCCUGAGGCCAUUUGGGGACCCAAGCAAUCUCAACAAGCACAUUCGUUUGCAUGCAGAGGGCAACACUCCCUACCGCUGUGAGCACUGUGGGAAAGUACUGGUGCGACGGAGAGAUCUGGAGAGGCAUGUGAAAUCAAGGCACCCUGGCAAGACCAUUAGCAGCAAGGAACAGGAGCACGCUGAGCCCCCAUAUUCCCAGGCAGAUCCCAGAAGUGAGGACAAUGACAGCGAAGUGGACGUGUGUUUCACCGACGAACAAAGUGACCAGGAAACUGGAAGCAGCAAGGAACCCUAACCGGCACUAUACAGGCACAGAGUUUUAUCAGAAAAUCCAGUUCUAUAUAAAUAUAUACAGAUCUAUUAUACAAUAUUUGUUAGGGCCUAUCUAUUUAUGUGAUUCUAAAAGCAACCCAGUUGUGGGACAGAUGAUUACCAGUUGGACAUUAUUCUGAAGACUGGCAAGUCAAAGACUUGUAUAUGAAGUGUGUGUGAGUGAUAUUAUGGGGGUGUGUGAUAAAAGUAGCACUUUUUAUAAGUGGGGAACGCAAACCCAGUGUAAUCCGAUUUGUGCAUUACCCAACAGUGCAACUGGAUGCCCAUGCUUUUGGAGCUGUUCUGACACAACCACCCGUUGUCAUGAGGGGGUUAAUCAUCCAGUUUGGGAGUUCUCUUUAAACCAAAUUGCAACAUGAAAUAAAGUUUAAAAAUGGCUAAAGCAGAUCUUUAUCAUUUUCUCCAUGUAGGAUUAGGUGCCAACCUGAAGACCUGACAUCUACUAAACAGUUGGGGAUAAUGCAUAACCUAUUUUAGCUGCAAAAACAGAAUAUAGCAAAGGUUCAAAACGGAGAGGGCCCAAAGUAGGGGAUGGGGUUGUGAUUGUUCAGUUGUGUUAUAGAACAAUAACAGGGGACUAUUAUAUGAAGCUAAAAGGACCUCAAAAAAUCCAAAACCUCUACUGUGGGGCAUUUACAAAAUUUUUUCGCCUUAUGAAGGCAAUAGAUUAGUGGCAAAAUAGCACAAGCAGGCAAUUUUAAUUGAUUGCAUUUGCUAUUUUGCUCUAACGGCCUUUGCUGACGGUCAUGGAAGUCUUUUUUUUAUAAUGUAUAAAAGAAGGACACAGAGCAAUCACAUACCAUGUGAUGUAUGUAUCACAUACAUGU